AUGCUGAGCGUGGUACGGGUGCACCUGCCGUCGGAGAUCCCGAUUGUGGGGUGUGAGAUCACCCCUUAUGUGCUGCUGCGUCUGCCCAAUGGGGCCAUCUCCACCGAAGACGUACCUGAGACAGCGGCUGUUGAUGGUCACUUCAUGCGAUACAGAUGGUACCGCAUACAAAGCGAUCGGAAAGUUGCUAUCUGCAGUGUACAUCCAAUGGAGCAAGCGACAAUCCAGUGUCUAGGUUGUCUCAAGUCAAAAAUACCUGCUGCUAAGAGCUACCAUUGUUCUGCUAAGUGCUUCUCUGAUGCGUGGCAGCACCACAAGGUUUUGCAUGAGCGAGCUAGUAGUGCUUUAAAUGAAAAUGGAGCUGAAGAGGAGGAGCUAUUUGGUAGAUUUGGCAGUGGUAGUUCAGGGAUUCUCAGUUCUGGGUCUGGCUCAAUGUCAAAUCUUGGACAGAGCCCUGGUGUUAAUAAUGGACCUGUUCCUUUGUAUCCCUCGGGCUCUGACAAAAGCUCGGGUGAAACUUGGUUCGAAGUGGGACGCUCACAGACAUAUACACCGACUGCAGAUGAUAUUGGCCAUGUUCUGAGAUUUGAAUGUGCAGCGGUGGAUACAGAAAAGAAAGUACCAGGAGGACCUCCAACUUCAAUUAUGACGUCACGUGUGAUUCCAGCACCAACCCCUACUCCACGCCGCCUUAUCCAAGUGAAUGGAGAUGUUUUGGGUCACUUGGAUAUGGACAGCCAGAGUUCUUCUUUCGGAACAUUCACAGUGCUGUCUUAUAAUAUUCUUGCAGAUGCAUAUGCUACAAGCGAUGCAUAUAGCUACUGCCCAACAUGGGCUCUUUCAUGGACUUAUCGGAGACAAAAUUUGAUGCGUGAAAUUAUUGGUUAUCAUGCUGACAUCAUAUGUCUUCAGGAGGUACAAUUGAACCACUUCGAGGAUUUUUUUGCACCUGAGUUUGAUAAACAUGGAUAUCAGGCACUUUACAAGAAAAGGACAACAGAGGUGUAUGCUGGAGUUCCUCAUGCCAUUGACGGCUGUGCUACUUUCUUCCGUAGAGACAGAUUUUCACACGUAAAGAAAUAUGAGGUCGAGUUCAAUAAGGCUGCACAGUCUUUAACAGAUGCGAUUAUUCCACCUGCACAAAAGAGGGUGGCUUUAAAUCGAUUGAUUAAAGAUAACAUUGCACUGAUUGCGGUCUUAGAAGCCAAAUUUGGCAACCAAGGAACUGAAAACCCUGGUAAAAGACAGCUCCUUUGUGUGGCCAAUACACAUGUAAAUGUCCACCAAGAUCUCAAAGAUGUCAAGCUAUGGGAGGUUCAAACACUUUUGAAAGGAUUGGAAAAGAUAGCUAACAGUGCGGACAUUCCAAUGUUGGUCUGUGGGGAUUUCAAUUCAAUCCCUGGGAGUACUCCACACGGGCUUCUUGCGAUAGGCAAAGUUGAUCAAUUGCAUCCAGAUCUGGCCAUUGACCCCCUUGGAAUUUUACGCCCUGUGAGCAAGCUGACACAUCAGCUUCCUCUGGUUAGUGCAUAUUCUUCAUUUGCAAGGAUGGUAGGUGUCGGUUAUGAUUUGGAGCACCAGCGGAGGAGGAUGGACUCAGCAACAAAUGAACCACUUUUCACAAAUUGCACAAGAGAUUUCACUGGUACUGUUGAUUACAUAUUUUACACAGGUAGGUGCCUGAUGCAUUGUAUUUCGGAUUCAUUGUCAGUGGAGUCUUUAUUGGAGCUUCUGGAUGAGGAGAACUUAAGAAAAGACACUGCUCUCCCUUCACCUGAAUGGUCAUCAGAUCACAUAGCACUCUUAGCAGAAUUCCGUUGCAAGCCUAGAAUCAGACGAUGA